AGCUCUGGUGGGUUUACAAUGGUACGGCCAGCAUCUUGCAGCACAAUGGUUGUAAGGUGGUGAGCUGGGGAGAGUGAUUCAGCAUCAGCAAACACCGGUUUCCAUCCGUUUUUUUUAAAACUUGUUUUCAUUUCUUCAUUUCCCUGCUUUUUUUGAAACGCCUUUUUUGCUUUUUAUGUUUUGUUCCACCCCCAGCAAUGGUCACUGCAACGUUUCUGGUGGGGAUGUUUUGAAAGGGACUGGCUCCGGACUGGGAUCGUCAUCAGCUGGCACGGAAUGGUAUUUAUGAGCAGACAUUUCUUAUACAACUGCAGCCAACCAGUCCUGGAUGUAAAGAUAGCUUUUUGUCAGGGUUUUGGAAAACAAGUGGAUGUGUCAUAUAUCGCCAAACAUUACAACAUGAGCAAAAGCAAAGUGGACAACCAGUUCUACAGUGUGGAAGUGGGAGACUCUACCUUCACAGUUCUAAAGCGUUACCAGAAUUUGAAGCCCAUUGGUUCCGGAGCUCAGGGAAUCGUCUGUGCGGGCUAUGAUGCUGUCCUGGACAGGAAUGUAGCCAUAAAGAAGCUGAGCAGACCCUUCCAGAAUCAGACCCAUGCCAAGAGGGCAUACAGGGAGUUGGUGCUCAUGAAAUGUGUCAAUCACAAAAAUAUAAUCAGUUUAUUAAAUGUCUUCACACCACAGAAAUCGUUAGAGGAAUUCCAAGAUGUGUACCUUGUGAUGGAACUUAUGGAUGCCAACUUGUGCCAGGUGAUUCAGAUGGAGCUCGACCACGAGAGAAUGUCCUAUCUGCUCUACCAGAUGCUGUGUGGUAUCAAACAUCUGCACUCAGCCGGCAUUAUUCACAGGGAUCUGAAACCAAGCAAUAUAGUAGUGAAGUCUGACUGCACCCUGAAGAUCCUGGACUUCGGUCUGGCUAGAACCGCAGGCACGAGUUUCAUGAUGACCCCGUAUGUUGUGACACGAUACUACAGAGCCCCAGAGGUCAUCCUGGGAAUGGGAUACAAAGAAAAUGUGGACAUUUGGUCGGUGGGGUGCAUCAUGGGAGAAAUGGUGCGCCACAAAAUCCUUUUCCCUGGGCGGGACUACAUUGACCAGUGGAACAAGGUGAUAGAGCAGCUGGGCACGCCCUCUCCGGAGUUCAUGAAAAAGCUGCAGCCCACGGUGAGGAACUACGUGGAGAACCGGCCAAAGUACGCAGGCCUCACCUUCCCCAAGCUAUUCCCAGACUGCCUUUUCCCUGCUGACUCUGAGCACAACAAACUCAAAGCAAGCCAAGCCAGAGACCUGCUGUCUAAGAUGCUGAUCAUCGACCCUGCUAAGCGGAUAUCAGUGGAUGAGGCCUUACAGCAUCCCUACAUCAACGUGUGGUACGAUCCAGCUGAGGUGGAGGCGCCUCCACCUCAGAUUUAUGACAAGCAGCUGGAUGAACGAGAACACUCUAUAGAUGAGUGGAAAGAGCUAAUCUAUAAAGAGGUGAUGAACUUUGAGGAAAGAACGAAGAAUGGCGUUGUGAAGGGACAGCCUUCACCUUCAGCACAGGUGCAGCCGUGAACAGCAGCGAGAGCCUCCCUCCCUCUUCCUCUAUCAACGACAUCUCCUCCAUGUCCACAGACCAGACCCUGGCUUCAGACACUGACAGCAGCCUGGAGACCUCCGCCGGACCCCUGGGGUGUUGCAGGUGACUAUCCGCCUGCCUGCGCAACCCCAUGUUCUUCCGAAGAUGAAGAACCCAACGUAUUCGACCGACAAAAUAAAAUAAAAAUAUUGAAAAAUGAAUAUAAAAAGAGGCAAAAGAAUAAAAUAUGUAAUAAAAUAAAGAUCAACAUCAGUAUAUUCUAAACAAAAAUAUAAGCUAUGGAAACAGGCUGACAUGAUGAUACUCAAAGCGUGCGCAUUGUCAUUCAAAAAGCAGCAUUGGUAUUAAGCCGAAGUAAAUGAGCUGAGAAAUAUGUUACUGAUCCUCUAGUUGCUUUGCUUCUAUCCCCCCAUCACACGUGUGUCUAGUACCUGGCAUCCAUACAGUAAACCUGCACCUCCUGUACAGUGCGUUAUGACUCCUGAUUACUUCCACAAGCGUCUGAGGCCGAUCAUUGUGGCAAGGUGGGCUGCCAUCGUCUUCAUUGCUUUUGCUAACAGAAAAAAAAAUGCCUUUUUGAUCUGCAUUCAACUCUUAACCCCCUGCAGACUCCCUCCCACCCCAACACGAGUUGAAAUGUAGUUUUGCCUGGAUUGUUUGUUCGUUUUGUACGUCUUCAGGGAAUGUGCAGUUGCUCUAACCCACCACUGCUUGUAAAUACUCUAAUUCUGUACAGCUGAAGGAAUGACAGAUUGGGACUGAAGGCCAGUACACUGGGAGGUUGUUUAUUUAUUUUUUUUAUCUGACUAGCGCGCACCUUGCCACAUUACUGCUUCCCAUCUCAGUUUCCCCUCUGCCUAUCGCUGUAGUUGUGCAUGAUUAGAUUAAAACAACGCAAAAGUCACCAUAUUCUAAAAAAAAAAAGCAGUCUGUACACACUUUUAUUCUUGUACAAUGUAAACUGCAGAUAUGGCCUCAGUAGGACUAGGGCGUGUCGGUAAAACAUGGACAAGCUUGUAAAAUCAGGCUUGAAAUGCAGCCGAUUUCUGAGUCAACUUGCUAUUUCCCCUGGCGGUAUAAUGGGUCCCUCCACCACCCCACAGGCUGGUCAACAGCUCUGCAUGUCAUUGUGUAACAAUCCAGGGUUAAGAGAGUUAGAUCAGUUUCAUUGUGGUGUAACCACAAAGAGAAAUCCUCCUUUCAUUGGACUCCUUUAACAGUUUUAUGAGACAAACGUGAAGCAGUGGGGAGUUUUAGGGCCAGGUGAGGAGUGUUAACCUUGUAGUUGUGACUUACCUGUUAAAUAAACUUGUUCUUAAUUUUACGGCAAACUAAUCCAACACGUUUUAAAAAGGCAGCUGGAUACAGUACAUCUGGUAUUUUUUAUUUUUUCACUUUAUGAUUUUAAGCCUCAUGGCUCAUCUAUUUAUUUAUACCAGUGGGAGGAAUCUGGAUAUGGCAAGCUUUUGUUUUUUGUUAGGACUGCAGCUGCAGAAAUUACCAAAGAAAAAAAAGUCCCCAAACCACAGUUUGGUGCAAGGAUUCGGGGAAGGUCCUGUUUAUCUUCCAUUGUUUUCAGGAUAACAUCAGUCGGUGAGCCCUUUCCUAGCUUUACCUCCACAAGUCUUUGCAGAUUUAGCUCUUAAUUGUUCUGCUCUGUUCAAUUAUCCAUCAAAUUAGUAAUUUUUGUUUUGUCUACAAAAUGCUAAAAUGUUGGUCCUAUAUAAACAGGGUUACAAAAUGAACUAUUGUUAGAAAUAAUUAUAGGUUCUUGACAUCUUUUUUCAAAAACAUCAAGCAGCCAUCCAGUUUUUAACUUUGUAUGUGCUUAGGUCAGGGGUCGGCAACCCGCGGCUCCGGAGCCGCAUGCGGCUCUUUAGCGUCCCCCUUGCGGCUCCCUGGAGCUUUUUCAUAAAUUUAUGAAAAUUGAUUUUUUUUUUUAUUAUUUUAAUAUUGUGUGCAGGAGGUCAAACAAAAAGGA